AUGAAGAAGGGUACCAAGUGUGUCGCUCAGACCAUCAACCUUUCCAACCCAAAGACAUGUAUAAGACCGAAGAGGAUCCAGAAGCUUGUCCAAGCCGAUGUAAUGCAACCCUGUCCUGCCGUGGCCACCGCGACAGGACCUUCUUAUUGGACACCAAGGCCUGUUACUAUAAAAAUUUGCAGCAGGAAAGACAUGCAGAGAACCUGUCCACCGAAGCUCUGCGACUGUCCGCCGAAAGCACCACCGAGGACGCUUGCCCAAAAGUUGUGCGGAGCUCUGCUGUUUCUUCUGAAGAGUGGCAUCGCGGCUGGUCUCGUUUAUUGGACGCAUUCCGAGGGCCUGUGGGGAAGCAGCGCGGACGUGGAGGACCUGUAUCGCAGGAUAGUGGCCACGAUCGGACCAGUUUUGCAGGAAGAAUACGACGCAGAUGAAGUCCAGUUGCCUAGCAUCAGAGACAUCAAGUGUAGAAUGAUACAGAAAUACAACGACGUGGUGUUCACCGUGAUGAGUUGUAUAGUGAGCGUGCCGACAAAGUUGCGCGAGCGCCUUGACAGUUUCACGGCUGGCGACGAAGAAACGUCCGUGGAAACGGGGGAAAAAGACGGCGUGAGAAAGGACACAGGGAAAAUGGGCGCGGAGAAAUUGGAAACGAAGAGGAGAGGUAGAGAAGAGGGGAGUUAA